AAAUGGUGGUAUAUUUCGGGGCAGCCCGUAUUAUUUCAAAUGUUGAUUUUGUCAAUUUUCUGUCAAAUUUGUUGUUGUUCUGUGUCAUUCAUCAUCAUCCCAAAUUAUUUGUAUCCAAAAAUAUCAUGAGCCAAGCCACAUGCACGCGGCUUAUACGUUCACAAAGCGCGCAACUUGCUGGGAAAGAUUCAAGGGAAAAACCAUGCACAAGCGAAUCGAAAAAAGUGAUAUCCUUGAUGGGUCCCAAAAAGAAAUUACUGAAGGAGAACCAAAAAGAUUCUCUUACGUCGGUUCUGACGACCUCAUCCGAUGAAAUAUCAGAUGUAACUCGAAGUGAGAAUAAAUUGAAAACGAAAAACAGCAAGUUAACCACCAAAAACAGCUGUAUAACGUUAUCUAAAUACGUACAGGACCAAUUGGCGGCUAAGAAAAAAGGAAUGAAUGAAACCGAGUCCAAAUACUCCAGCGAUCUAAUCUGUCGCAUCUGCCACGGUGGAGAGAGUAUGGACGAUCUAGUACAGCCAUGCAGAUGUAGAGGGACAGUGGCUGUGGUGCAUCUGAAAUGUCUGGAAAGAUGGCUCAGAGAGUCCAGUCAUAGCACUUGCGAGUUGUGCCAGCACCACUAUAAGAUCAUUAGGCAACCGAAGUACAGCAUACCCAGAUCGAUUUUUGUGUUCUUGAGACAUCCUGGGGAACAUUUGAAGGAGAUUUUGGUCGAUUUAGUUGCAUUCGCGUUGUACACGCCAUCAGCAGUGGCGUCCACUUAUAUGCUGAUGAUGAUUUGCGAGGCGCUAAUGAAAAACAACAUCAUAGUCAGUGGGAGUUUGUCUUCUCACUUGAUAGCUUUUUCGGCGGUUUUCGGAAUCGGAGCUAUAGACAUGCUGUACCUUGAAUGGUUGAUGUCAAUACUAGAAUAUCAUUACUCGAAUUGGCACGAAUGGUACAAAGACCAUCUCGAAGUUAAGGUUGUGGUGUCAAAAUUGAAUAGAAAAACCAUAAGAAAGCGCAGAAGAAACCGCGUGUAGUGUUUAGUCAAUAAAAGUCGUUUCAACAAACCUAAAUUUUAUUUUUGUUACGUAAUUAAAAAUAAAUAAUGUACACCAAGAAUUUGUUCAGUCGUUUACUAAUUCACAGGAAUUGCUUAACACAAAAUGCUAGUAAUAUGGUUGAAAUUACGUUCAGUGUAAUAAAUAUUUGGGGAGCUUCAUUCCUCUGACUAUACGUAUCGACGAUGUGGAUUUUCCAACCCAUGUUGCUUUGCGUGAAGGAGUUGUAGUAAACUGUAUCAGGCCAUGAUGAGUUGGGAGUUAUUUCCAAUAUGCCCGGAUCUCCACUUUCGCAGGUGGUUAUUAGAGUACGAUUGAGUUUUUUGAAGUUCAGGAAAGUAUCAUCCAACCGUCUGUCUUCAGUGGGUUUGUGAG